GGCGGAGGGAGGAGGGAAGGAGAUGAACGAAAUUAAAACUCAGUUCACUACACGGGAAGGCGUCUAUAAACUCCUCACUCACUCCGAAUAUAGCCGUCCCAACAGGGUGCCGUUUAAUUCCCAGGGUUCGAACCCCGUCAAAGUCUCCUUCGUCAACGUCAAUGACCAGUCUGGUAACGGCGACAGAAUCUGUUUUAAUGUGGGCCGGGAGCUGUACUUCUACAUCUACAAAGGAGUUAGAAAGGCGGCUGACUUGAGCAAGCCUAUUGACAAGAGGAUAUACAAGGGAACACAGCCCACAUGUCAUGACUUCAAUCACCUCACGGCCACGGCGGACAGCGUAUCCCUGCUGGUGGGCUUCUCGGCAGGCCAGGUGCAGCUCAUCGACCCCAUCAAGAAGGAGACCAGUAAGCUCUUCAAUGAGGAAAGACUAAUAGACAAAUCCAGAGUGACUUGUGUAAAAUGGGUGCCCGGCUCGGAGAGUUUGUUCCUAGUCACUCAUUCCAGUGGAAACAUGUACUUGUACAACGUGGAAAACACGUGUGGCACCACGGUUCCUCACUACCAGUUGCUCAAACAGGGCAAGAACUACUCAGUGCACACGUGUAAGAGCAAGUCCACGCGCAACCCUUUGCUCAAAUGGACGGUGGGCGAGGGAGCGCUUAACGAGUUUUGUUUUUCACCCGACGGGAAGUUCCUGGCGUGUGUGAGCCAGGACGGCUUCCUUCGGGUCUUCAACUUUGAUGCGGUGGAGCUGCACGGGACCAUGAAAAGCUACUUUGGGGGUCUGCUGUGCGUGUGCUGGAGUCCGGACGGAAAGUACAUUGUCGCGGGGGGCGAGGAUGAUCUGGUGACCGUGUGGUCAUUUGUCGACUGCCGGGUUAUCGCGCGCGGUCACGGACACAAAUCAUGGGUCAGCGUGGUGGCGUUUGACCACUACACGACCAGCGUGGAGGAUGCGGACCCUAUGGAGUUCAGUGGCAGCGACGAGGACUUCCAGGACCAGAUCCACUUUGGUCGCGACCGGGCCAACAGUACGCAGUCCCGGCUCUCCAAGCGCAACUCCACGGACAGUCGGCCAGUACACACCACGUACAGGUUUGGCUCAGUGGGCCAGGACACUCAGCUGUGCUUGUGGGACCUCACAGAAGAUAUCCUUUUCCCUCACCUCCCGCUUUCCCGGACAAGAACGCACACCAAUGUGAUGAACGCUACCAGUCCCCCGGUGGGAGGGGGUUUGGGAGGCGGAGUCGCUGGUGGCGUAGUGAACAAUGGGAGUAAUAACCCUAGCACGAACGGCAACAACAGCGGCGCCAACACCCCCAGUAACUCCCUCCCCUCUCCCCUGCCACGCUCCAACAGCUUACCGUACUCGCCAGCUACGACUGCCAACAACAAGAGCAGCGUCAUGGACAGUGCCAUUGCCUCGGGUGUCAGCAAGUUUGCCACGCUCUCCCUUCACGAUCGCAAAGACCAGCACCAUGACAAGGACCACAAACGGAACCACAGCAUGGGCCACAUUAGCAGCAAGAGCAGUAACAUGCUCACCAAAACCAGAACAGACCCUGCAAAGACUCUGGGGACACUGCUCUGUCCCCGCAUGGAAGACCUACCCCUACUAGAGCCCCUUAUCUGUAAAAAGAUAGCACACGAGAGACUGACUGUCUUAAUAUUUCUUGAAGACUGUAUAGUGACAGCUUGUCAGGAGGGAUUUAUUUGGACAUGGGCAAGGCCUGGCAAAGUGGGUUUAUUGUCAUCCCAAAACCAAGCUGUGUCUCCCAGUGGAACUGUAGUAUAGCCCACACUAGUUCUGCUGCUAAGAAACCUCCAUUACACCAGAGCCUGGUGAUGCUCUUCACCCCACAAAGCAUUGCAAGUGUUUUCCUUUCUCUUGUUACUUUUUCUAUUCUCCUUUGUGUUUUUGGUUAUCAUUCAUAUGGCCUAGAUGGUAGAAGUCUUCAAAUACAGAAAUGGAAAUGGUGUGGAGCCAUUUUGGACAGUGGUUCUAAAGUAUUUUCUGGAAUUUAAAAAUGUUUUUCAUUAUUUCUCUCCUCUCACAUCUCGCUAGACUGUUUUCUGGACUUCGUGCUUGGCUUAGUUAGAUGCAAACCAGUCAAAUUAUGCUUGUGCUUAAAAUGAGAGUUCACCCAACUUUCAUCAUUCCUAUUUCUUACCAUGCAAGUGGUCCAUGGGCCAGGAGUGACUGCCACCAGCCGCCACAGGCUACCGUAAAACAAUGGCGUUCCAUAGUGCCCACUAAAAACUGCACACAAAAAUUAAGUCAUUUAGCCUUUAUGAUUUUGAAGAUGUGCCCUGUCAAAGGGUACCAAAGUCCAACUAUUUUCUUGACCAAGCUACACACUGUCACAGGUGUUGGUGUGCCUUGUCUUCCGUUCAGAAGGCCGUCUCGGUCAUCGUAGGUUUGGUUUUUGCAGUCACUCCUGGCUCACAGGCUGCAUUCAAGGUAAGAAAAAUAUUAAAUUACAUUUGGGUGAACUCUCUCUUUUUAUAGAAUCUCCCCAUUGAGAACUUUGCACAGAUUUUGUUAGUUUUUCUGUUUGUUUUGCAACUACUAUACUGAACAAAAAGUGUAAACGCAACAUGAAACAAUUUCAACGAUUUUA